AUGGAUAGUUCUCGUCGUCAACCUGCUGUUCAGGCGGGUAUGCCUGCCGGUAAUUCGGGUUUUACGAAUGCCUCUUUCAGUGAGACUAUUCACCCUGGCCGAUUUGUUGGUACUUGGCCCCGUCCCGCGCCACCCAUGGGUCCUGCUACUUCUCAGGCAGCUCCACAGGUCGCUUGGAAUAACAUGGCAAGCCCCCAAGGUUACCCACAAACACUCAACGGUGCGACCAACUACCAUUUCGUGCCUUCAGCCUACGCGCCUCCGGCCGGCCCAAUUUCGAAGCACGAGUGUAUCCCUGGUCAUACAUACCACUCGGCCUCUGCACCUCCAAACCACCUGUCCCCCCUUGAAUCCGUCUCUCCCACAGCCCCUGCCGGUACGGACGGAAAUCAAACUGGCGUAACCCCCUCCAAGAAGCCGCUCAUCAUCGAACUCCAUAACCCGACCAUCAACCCCGAAUUCAUCCUCGCGGCGGGGGGUCGUGAGCCCUGGAAAUUCGUGGAGCAACAACAACAACUUGACCAGGCCAAGAUCUGGGAAGCCCGAUCUCAAGACCAGCAAGUCAUUCUCAAGAUCUACAAUCCAGUGUUCACCACGGCGGACGCAGCCACUUUCGCUGCUCCAACAACCCACGACCUACUGAAUACCGCUGCUUCGGCUUCGGCUUCGACCGCAACCGACACCUCUGCUUCUCCUACUCCUAGCCAGCGAACCGAUACAGCGAGGUCGAAACAGACGGACGACGACUCCUCUCCGAGCAACUCCCCACCGCCUCCUCCUACCCCCCCGCCGCAGCACUAUAUCGCGUCUUCGUCAUCCGUCUCCUUCCUCCCUCAGAUAACAAGUCCAACUCCCAACCUCUCCACAUCCUCGACACAAGACCCGCCGCCCCCGCCCCCGCCCCCGUCCCCGUCCUCAUCCCCAGCUCUAGCUCCAGCACCGCUCACCGACUGGAACUCCCUCACAGACGCAGAAUACUGGAAACGCGUCGACGCCCUCGACGCCCUCGACGCCCUCAAAGCCCAAGAACUCAACGCCAUCUCCGCCCCCGCCACCGACACGCGCGAAGUAGAGUGGCGCGCCCAGCUAGAUCAGGCUAUAUCCAAGCCGCAGAACUUCGGCUACCGAUCAGACGAUAUGGAGUUUAGCUGGGAGAUCGAUGGGGAUCCUGAUCAGGAUGGUCCUGGGUAUGGGAAAAUUGUGGAGAGGAGGAGAUGGAUGGAGGAGGAGGAGGAGGAGGAGGAGGAGGUAAAGGGAGGGGAAGGGGAGGUACGCGAAGGGGAAGGGCCGAAGUAUGAUAUUGAGAUGAAUGAGGUUGUGAAGCCGGUUUGGUAUCAGGCGGAUGAGGUGCGAAAUGCAUGA